AUGUCGACACAAUCGCCGUCCCAGACACCGGACGAGCAGCGCGUUGCUGAAGCGCGCGCUGCGGUCACAGCCUCUCUGUCCUCGGUCGGUGGAUCGAUGAACGCCGAGAUGCGACAGCGCGCAGGAGACAUACACGCAAAUGCAGCAGCCAUCGAGAAGCAGGAGAAAGAACUGGCCAAGCAGACGGCGGCGCUGGCCAAGGAGGGCGACAAAUGGCAAAAGAUGGCGGAUCAGAACGUGAAGAAGCUCAAUGAAAUGGGCGACCUCCAGAACUGGGCCGAGAUGAUCGAGCGCGACCUGUUGGUGGUGGAAGAGACGCUCCGGCUGGCCGAGGGCGAAGCCGAUCAAGGAAACGCAAGCGGGACAAAUGGGUGGACGCGGGGUUAA